AUUCGACCGGCGCAUGCGCUCUUCCUCUCCUUCCAUCAAAUAUCCAGUUGACAGUUGUGCUCGGCCUCACGCCACUCGUACACGAGAUAAGAUGAUGGUCACAGGAUCGUAUGAUAUUUGACGAUGACUCAUGUUCCACCACAGUUCUGCGCCGACCCUGGAUAAAUAUAAAUUCUUAAACAUUCUUCAGGAAUGCACUGAAAACCUUAUCAACAAACACUACCUACACUUCCAAAUAGAUCAUAUACAGCCUUCUAAAGCUCAGCUCACUGACAACAUUUUAUGAUGACCACUAUUAAAAAGAAAAAAACGAAAUGAGCCCGACAAAAUGGAGGUCUUCAAAAAACGUGGAAGAGUUCACGAACCACUGCAAGUUGAUCCACAAUCUCUGCAUGAAACUGAGAGCAAGAUUGGGAAAUAUCCUGAAACAAGAUAAAAAUAAUUGGCAGGACCUGGAAGUGAUAGUGGAGAGACUGCCCAACAUCAUGCACCUUUAUCACCAGGUAACGACCAGUCCCCAGGUUUCCGACCAUCUGUUGAGCUUCCGAUGUGAGUUCUGGGGGUCCAAAAUAUGGCAUCACCGCCUCGCCACCCUCUACUUGGCCAACCAGGUCAUCACCUACAUAAUCGUGCACUGUGUGGAAAUCACAACACACCAGGCCAACAUCAUCAAAUUGGUUACCUUCUUUAAUGAGUUGCUCAACCUAAACCUCACCUCCAAGCCCAGAGGCAUCACUGUUGUUAAAAACACCUGCCCUUCACUUCUGCAGCCCUUUCGGCGUUUUUCUAUCACCAAAAUACUUCAAAUCCUGGCACAAUACAGAGCUGAGGAGUGUGGUCAUCUACUGGUCAGUUUACUGUUGGAUAUCUACUACGACAAUGGUCUGCCUCAAGAUGAUUAUGACACAGAACCCCUGCUCACAGAUGAGGAUCUGCCUAGCUCUGACAACUCUAGCAUGGAAAUUUACAGGACACUCACACGCUACAUGACACCACCUCAGGCUCCUCAGCAGGGAGAGGCAGAUUCCCAGUGUCCAGAGGUAGCCUGCAGCCAGGUGCUGCUAGGCUCUGACGUGGCAUUGCUCGACACUCUGGUGUAUGCUGAAGACAGAAGACUCACGCCUCUGCUCACCACCAUCUCACGGACAGCUCCGAGUCUUCUGGGACCUUGUGCUAUCAAACAUUCCAAGCAUACUGGAGACCUGAAGGUGCGCAAGCGUGUGCGCCAUAAGGUACUGGAGUACUACUCACAGGUGCUGUGGGGCGAGGUGGGUUCCUACCUAGACCACGUGUUGCUGUGGUGGGGGUUGCGACCCCUAGGCACUCAAACUGGCCACCACUUCCGUAACUGGCUUCAAAACUUCCUCAGCACAGUGACAGUGCCAGAUAUAAUGAAGCCAGGACUGCACAGCCUCCUAGAUUCCCUCUGCUGUCACGUACUGUCCACUUCCUGGGACCAGAUGUUCAGGCAGGCACUGGUAGCUGCGGGAACUCAGCACAGUAGACAUGUGGUGCAUGACAUUGGUGAGGGAACAUAUACAGGACAGCUGUUCUCAGACUUGUUCUCUGACCUGGUAUUCCUCAGCAAUAGCUGUGAAGGUCCCAACUGGACGAUACAAGACUUGGAGGAGCUGCCUGUGGUGGAGCAGAUCCCCAUCCUCCACAGACUGGACCAUUCAGUACACACGGUCGCUCUCUGGGUGGAGAGUCGGGCCAGGCAGCUCAGUAACCCCUGGAACAUGGAACAGUUCUUCCGUGUCACCCAAUCCGAUAUCAACUCCUGCCUACUGGUGCUCUCACAGCUCAAGUUCGCCAACCAGGUGGACAUACUGAAUACGGAGAGCAGUGUACACGUUGUCGUCUGCGUGAAAAUGCGUGCCAAACUCAUCUCUGAAGUGAAGGCCAACAUUGAUAAGCUUCAGAAAAUGUCUACUACUUGUGUGGACAUCCUAGCUGCUGUAUGUCGCACAGUCAGUCUGGCCAACCUACACAUGAUGUAUCCAGACCCUGAGUACUGGAAGCAGAGACUAGACGAGAUCCCUCAAUUUGCCAGCAACUAUGUGGAAGAUUACUUAGAAGAAGUAUUGCGGCCCGUGCUGCUAGCCACAACUCAUCUGCCACUCAGCGUGCAACAACGCGUCAACGGGAUGGUGCUCAACAUAAUGUGCGAGGCCUGGCUCGACCACAUUUACGCUCAUCAGAUCAAGUUUAGUGAGUGGGGAGCUCUGCAGCUACUGACAGACUUUGGAGCUGUGCCGACAUGGCUGUUGGAACGGGUCAACAUCUCGGGUGAGCUGCGUAAACAUCUGUUGAACACUGAGGUACUGCGGAGAUGUGAAGGUGUUGGCCGUCUUCUGCUGCGGAGACCGGGAGAGAGGAUAGCUAUGACCACUGUACCCUUGCGGAAGAAACAUGACAGCGAGAACAGCACUCCUCGUACCCCGGAGACAAUGCCUGCCGAGAUGUAUGUGCCUAACCAGGAGCAAUGGUUACAACUGCGAGCUCCCCGGCAAGGUCGAGCCUUCGCACUCUGCUGUGGAAUACCCAGCUGAUAGUCAACACCAUGCACUUUGUUAUUUCGCAAUAAACUUUUAUUUUUAUUGAAGCUUA